UUGUGAGAAGACGAGUUUCAAACGAUAUCUAAUCGAAUCCGACAGAAUAUGAAUGUCUUUGAAUUCGAGUAUGCGUUAAGAGUCCAAGUUGUAUUUCCUGUCGUCUGUUUAUAUAUAUAUGGAAGGCAACUCAUCUUUGGGCGAUAAAGAGGAUGAAAGGGAUGCCGUUCAAUUCGUGAAAAACCUGUUGCGUCGUUCCUUAUGGGUACAAGUUGACGAUACUCGUUGGAUAUACGGGGAGUUUGUUUGUUUAGAUCAUUUGAAAAACUUGAUACUGGAAAAUUCCUUCCAAGUAACGUGUGAAGGCCAUCCUCGAGGAAGAGACGUUGAAAAGCGCCAACGUUUAGACUGCUGCAUUAUUCCUGGAGAAAAGAUUAGAAAAAUAUUUAUGGAAGAGUCUUCCUGACUAAAAAACCACAUCUUGAGAACGUUGUUUUUCUCUCCACCUGACAAUUUUGAAAGGCAAGCGAAGAUAGGUUUGUAAGUCCUUUCAACAGAAUAGAAAGUUCCGUUCGUUUAGUAUAUGCUUUGUUAGAAGGUUUGUUUUUACAGACUCAUAAUUUUCUCAUCGUAGAUUUUAUUGAGAUACGUCAUAUGAAGUUUGAAAACAUACAUCGCUUCUACUACAGACAGAUAUCGAGUCAGCAACUAAUUCAAUGACUUGGCUUAGAAUAAAAUAUAUCUUUAGCUACACUG